CUCUCUCGACCGUUCAGGAAACGAGCAAGCCACCUCCAAACAUGUUCGCUGUCAGCGCCCUCUUCCUCCUCGCCCUGGUCUGCAUGGCUAACGCCGGCGGCCACUCCGCCGGAAUCGUCAGCUCCAGCUACACCACCGCCGUGAACCACGGUGGUCGCGGCUAUGGCGGCUAUGGAGGCUAUGGCGGCUAUGGAGGUUAUGGCGGCGGCUAUGGCGGCUACGGACACGGUGGCUUCCUCGGCGGCUUCGGCUACGGUCACGGAGGCUACGGUGGCUAUGGACACGGCGUCGCUGUCGCUGCCGCUCCAGUUGUCGCCAAGGUCGCUGCCCCAGUCGUCGCUGUCGGCCACGGCGGCUACGGUGGCUACGGACACGGUGGUUUCCUCGGCGGAUACGGAGGUUUCGGACACGGAGGAUUCGGCGGCUACGGUCUCGGCCACGGUGUCGCUGUCCAUGCUGCCCCAGUCGUCGCCAAGGUCGCUGCUCCAGUCGUCGCUGUCGGCCACGGCGGCUACGGUGGCUUCGGUUACGGAUAUGGCGGACACGGCUAUGGACACUAAGCAAUUCAUCUCAAAGGGAAACGAACACUUCUUCGCCGCUUCUUAUUUAUGCGCUUGGGCCGACCAGAGCGCCGCUGGAAGUUGACUUCCGGCGGGUGGAAAACGCGAAACCGUGU